UACAGACAUUUCUUCGGCAUUGUGGACAGGUGCAGUAGUUAGAUGUGUUCUGGUCAAUUACCAUGUUGGUGCUGGUAGCAUUUGGCCUGCUGCUUGGUGGUAUUGUGGUCGACAUGGAAGAGGAAUGUAACUCUGGAGGAACACCAGAGAAACAAUUAUUUAACUACAGCAGAAUUGCACUGCCAGAAGAACACAUUCCUUAUUUUCUGCACAAUAACAAGCACAUUGCCAACCUCUGUAGGGAGGAUCUUCUUUGUCCAUUUAAAAAGUAUUUAAAGUCAUUUAAAUCAUGCUGGGGUUACGAGAAGGAAUGUUUGCCAGCAAACAGAUUCAGCAACCCUGUGUGUACCAGUUUGGAUUCAGGAUGGGCUAGUACAAUUGAAGAAGCAGAGGAUAUUUUUUGGAAGCAAGCUGACUUUGGCUAUGUACAAGAACGGCUGGAAGAAAUGAAAACCUUCUGUAAACCGACCAAACCAGGAGAUUCUUCCCUCACCUGUACCAGCUUCACUCGAUACUGCAGAGCAACAAACCUGUAUCUCGACCUCAGACAUCCGAGAAGAAGUCAUGACAGAUAUAAGGAGGAUUUUCUCCAAGCCGGUGAGAUUGGAGGGCACUGUCAACUCGACAAGAAGGCCCUCUUAUCAGAGGGAGAGCACAAGAGUCCACUGCAGUCUUGGUUUGCAGAACUGCAAACAUAUUCUGAACUGAACUUUCACCCUGUGGAUGAUGGCAAAUGUGACCUAAUUAUUGAAAAGCCAACCUUUUUCAUGAAAUUUGAUGCAGGGGUCAACAUGUAUCACCACUUCUGUGAUUUUGUCAACCUUUACAUAACUCAGCACAUCAACAAUUCCUUUUCUACCGAUAUGAACAUUGUCAUGUGGGAUACGAGUUUUUAUGGAUAUGGGGACUUAUUUAAUGACACAUGGAAGGCCUUUACUGAUUAUGAAAUUAGACAUCUUAAAAGUUUUGACUCUAAAAGGGUGUGCUUCAGGGAUGUAGUUUUUGCAUUACUUCCACGGAUGAGAUAUGGUCUAUUUUACAACACACCACUAAUCUCUGACUGCCACAGUGCUGGGAUGUUCAGAGCAUUCUCCCAACACGUCCUACAAAGAUUACAGAUCGUGCAAGAAGGGCCCAAGGAAGGGAAAAUACGAGUCACCUUUUUAGCACGUAGUACAGAAUACCGGAGAAUUUUAAAUCAGAAUGAGCUCUUAAAUGCACUGAAAACAGUGUCUUUCUUUGAAGUACAAGAAGUAGAUUACAAAUACAAGGACAUUGGAUUUUUAGAGCAGCUUAAAAUAACGCACAACUCUGAGAUUUUUAUUGGUAUCCAUGGAGCUGGACUCACACAUUUGAUGUUUCUUCCUGACUGGGCUGUCAUUUUUGAACUAUAUAACUGUCAGGAUGAAUGCUGCUAUCUGGAUUUGGCUAGACUGCGAGGACUGCACUAUGUGACCUGGCAGAAGAAGGACAAAGUUAUUCCUCAGGACAAGGGUCACCAUCCUACACUUGGAGAACAUCCUAAAUUCACAAACUACUUUUUUGAUGUGCAAGAGUUCAUGCGUCUUGUCCUUUUGGCAGCAGACCAUGUUCAGAAGCAUCCUAAGUGGCCCUUUAUGCAGAAACACGACGAGCUCUAAAGUGUGCAAGAGAAGAAGGAGAAAGGUCUUGCAAUGUUCAAGUUGUAAAAAAAACAUGUGGGUUUUACUUUUUUCGAAUUAGGAACAAGUUUUGAGAUAAAUGGUAUUUUCUGACUCUCUAUAUAUGUACACACACAAACACACACACACACACACACACACACACACACACACACACACACACACACACACAUAUUAUAUAUGGACAUAUAGAUAAAGGUUUUUCACAGCUUUACAGAUGGUUAUUGAGGACCCAGCUUCUCAUAUUUUGGGGGUCUCAUUUUUAAUGGACCCUAAGAGUUCUGUAAAAUGAUGUCAAAGUCCCUUUAUUAUUGAGACAAUACCAUUGUUUGGCAGUAUCUUACAGAAGUUUGCACAGUGGCUCCCUAAUAUACAUAGCUGAUACAUAACUUGCAGAAAUAGGCCAGAAAUACUUGCAUUUAUAUUAUGUUUUGGAAAAUGUAAUUUUUAUUGAUUUAGAGAAUUUAAUGUACACAUAUUUAUAUAUUGAAAAAGAAUCUAGUCUGAAUUUUGUAAAGCGAGAAUGCAAUUAACAUAUGAACUUUACUGUCCCUUCUUAAUCAACCCUAAGCUGUUUGGACUUAUUAUGGACAUUCAUAACAUUUAUGACCAGAUUUACUCUCCACAGAAGCGCUUCUUGAUGGAAUAAAGCUAGUGUCAGUACAUUGCAGCAGAGAAUUAGUUUUAUAAUUUUUCUGGCACUUUGCGGACAUCAGAGGAAAAAUUGCACUAUUUGGAAAAAUGUUUUUUUUUUUUUUUAUUUCGUUUAAUAAUUAAAAAAGUUAUACUUUAAAACACCUUAUUAUCCCCCCAUGAUAGGGAUACAUGGGUGAUGCCUGUACAUAUGUAUGUUACAUUUACAUAUCUAGAGUACCACUUAAACAAUUGGGAUAAAACUAAUUAUUUAAAGUAUCAUAACAUUGGGAUGAAUUGUGCAAUCUCUCUAGAAUGUUAGCCAUUUUGAGAUUGAUGUUGAGUGUUCCACAAUUUGCAGAAUUUAACAUGCGGAACAUGAAGCUUUUUAACAUUAAAUUAUUACAUGUCAAUAAACAUCGUAAUGCUGUGUUUGUCUCUAUAAUGUAAUGGUCUAUAACACUAGGGUAAUUCAUUCUGAUUAUUUAAUACAGUGAAAUUCUGCCUAAAACUUUUUAUUUGAAAGGUUUAUAAUCAGGAAUACGAUGCUGUUUCAGUUUAAUUGAAAAGCAGUUCAUAUGUAAUCAAGACUUUCGGAAAAGCAAUGGACUUUUCUGGAUUUGCCAUUUCUGUGAAACAAGUGGAUCAGCGCAUAAUCAAACUAAAUAACCAGAACUGAAGUUUAAAACUCUUUCCAUCCUUUCAUCAACCAGCAUUGCAUUAUUUGCACAGAAACACAGACAGAACUGUAUGCACCUUGGUAUUUUUUGCAUGCACUAUUUUAUUUACCUUUGCAUUCUUUAUAAAUAAAUGAAUAUGUUUGACCAAAUGUUUAGAAUACAUUGCUUUGCCAUUCCUAAAACUGCACUCUAGUUUGGUAUUACACCAGCUAAUGUUUUUGGAUGAUUGCCUGCUUUAUAUAUGACUUAUGAGGUCCUGUUUGGGUGUUCUGCUUGCAUCACUUCUCUCUUGAUCUUAUCCACUAUAUUACAGUGUGAUUUGUAUUGGUAUAUUUAUUUGUGUUUUAUGUUAGUAUUUAAAAGUUAAAUGUUUAAAAAAUAUAUCAAAUAUUACUGGUAAAGUUACUUUUGUAGAGCCUUUUGGCAAUUAUGAAGUAAAGCGUAUUUUAAGGUGAUUUAUGAAGAUUUUUAUAUGGUCAAUUAGGUGGGAGCCUAUUUCACUGAUUGCUGAACAAAGUGUAUUGCCUUCUUUCCCAGGGCCCUCAUCUCGUUAACCAUGCUGAGGCUGCAAAUCGUUAGCCUGCUGAAACAGCUGAUCAUUUGCAGUUUCUUACUUGAAGUUAUCAUUUUCUUUGCAACCAAAUUGUUGUCCUGUAAUUAAAACAAAAUCUUUCCACUAGAUGGUGCUGACAUUCUAUCACUGAAGAGUAAGACAAGGUUUUAAAAUGCAGACAUGUAUAUGGGUUUUGUGAAACAAAUGGAACCCUAACCUGAGUUUUAUAUUUCAUACAGAAGGUCAAAGAUAGCUAGCUUUUUGUUUUUUUUGAAGCAAAAAAAAAAUAGAGACCCAUGAUUGUUUUUAUACAAUUUUCUAUCUAAAUGUGGGUCUUCAUUUAGGUUACUUGUUACUUGAGUUCCAGAUCUUUCAAUCAUAGUAACAUCUGUUGUACUUCUAUACAAAUCCAAAUGUAUAUGAAGAUUUGUGAUUUAUUGAGUCACUAAAAUGUUAAUAGACCCUCAUACUGUAUGUGAACUUUUAUUUUAUUUUGUGUCUAUAAGAAAAUUAGUAGAUUUUUUUUUUUUUUUUUUUUACAGUACUGUUCAAUUUUUAAUGAAGUGUAUUUUGGAACUGACAACAUGCAUUCUCUAAUGUAACCCUGUGAUAAAACAUUAAAAACAUUGCAAUACACACACUUUUGCUCAUUUAGGAAAGGCUGUGGUGAGGACAGGCUUCAUUAUGUCUGGUAAAAGAUAACCCAUGUAUAAUUUAAAAGGCAGUCUGUAAACAUAAACCUACAGCUUAACAGGACAGAGACAAGAAACCACUUGAUUGAUAAUGACAUUACACCACUACUCUCAUGCCCUUCCCCGGAAGGAAAUGUAUGCAGGUUUCAAUGUAAAAAUUAUUAAGGACAUAUCAGAUUUUUCAUACCGUAUCAUUUAACUAUCACAGUAUUAGUCAAAAUACUGGAUUGGGAUGAAUAUGCAUUUUUUCAGAGGUUAUUUUUUGUAAACAGACUAAUGCAUAGCACAGUGGCACACUUUAAUAGUAAAUAAAUAAUUCAUUACGUGCUAUUUUUGCUACAGCAUGUCAGCUAAUGCAGAGUGCACAAGAAUGGCGUAGGUUUUGGCCUUUGAGAGUCAUUAUUAUGUCUUGCAUGUUCUAUGUAUUAUGCAUGUCUUACUGCCUUUUCAUAGGGAACUUUAAUUUUGUUUCAUGUCAUCGUUUCUGAGAAAGAAAUGUAAAGCAUUCUUCUUCAAAAUACUUUUAGUGAAGCCUUUGUCAUUUUUGUCAGUUCAUGGGAACAACUUGCCCAAUAAAGUACCUGAUUCAAAAUAUCCCUUAAUGAAUGUAAAGGGGUUCCGCGACCACUGUGAAUUAAUAUUUC